AUGUUUGAUGACGCUAGCUUAAUUCCAACUGCACCGUACUACGAUUUGCCAGCCGGUAUGAUGAUGCCACUGAUUGAUAUGGAAGAUGUCCUGUAUAAACCGGUAAUUGUGUCAAAACUACGUCUACCACCACCGAUUCCACCAAGUGAAAGAUUGCUACGUGCGAUGGAUGCAUUCUAUGCCCCACCUGCUUUGGAUAAUCCACGAGACGCCGAUGGAUGGGAAAGGCUUGGUUUGCUCGAAUAUUACGCGAAGAAAAAUACAAUCAGGAAGGCUGUUGAGGAGAAGCUGAAAGCCGAAGGGAAAACUCUGGAAGAAGCAAUUGAGAAUGUUUAUAUUGAGGAAAAGGACGAGAAAAAGGAACCGAGCUCGGAGAGAAAGUAUCUUUUUUAG